AGUGCUGGGACUCCUGUCACAUUUAAUGAGAAUGGCGAUGCUCCAGGACGCUACGACAUCUUUCAGUACCAGAUCAACAACAGGUCAACAGCAGAGUACAAGGUCAUUGGCCACUGGACCGACCAGCUACACCUAAAUGUAAGGACGAAUGGCGUUGCUACCAUUUCCAUAAAUGUUAGGUAACUGCUUUGUCUUGUUAUUGUAUGCAAGUCUUAAUAAUGUUACUUGUUAAUAAAUCACAUUAAUAUCCAUGGGGACUCAUUUUCCACAAUACCUAUCAAAUAACUGUCAUACAAUCAAUUUAACUAAUUUGCCAAAGUUGAAAAAAUAUGAUUUGAAAUUUAAUGACGAUGACAAUAAAAAAAAAAACAUUUGUAGACAUUUAGUAGAUGCUCUUAUCCAGAGCGAGUAGCGAGUGCUCACAUUUUCAUACUUUCAUUUUCAUACUGGUCCCCCAUGGGAAUAUAACCCACAACCCUGGCAUUGCAAGCGCCAUGCUCUACCAACUGAGCCACACGGGACGAUGAUGAUGAUGAUGUUGAUAAAUCAAGUCGAUGUUAAUGAGUCAUCUUCUUUUAGUUCUUGGCCAUUUCUAAGAUCAAUGUAACACAUGUUCUGCCCCACUCAGAUGGAUGCCAUGCAGUGGACCAGUGGAGACCCCUCUGUGCCCGCCUCUGUGUGCAGCCUGCCCUGCAAGAUGGGUGAGAGAAAGAAGGUGGUGAAGGGAGUACCAUGUUGCUGGCACUGCGAGCGCUGUGAGGGCUACCACUUCCAGGCCAGUGAGUUCAUUUGCGAGCUGUGCCCUUAUGAGCAACGACCUGACAAGAACCGCACUGGGUGCCAACCUAUCCCCAUCAUCAAGCUGGAGUGGCACUCACCCUGGGCAGUGGUGCCAGUCUUCAUCUCUGUCCUGGGCAUUCUGGUUACCACCUUCGUCAUCAUCACCUUUGUGCGCUACCACGACACUCCCAUUGUCCGAGCCUCGGGCCGGGAGAUGAGCUAUGUUUUGCUCACAGGUAUCUUCCUGUGCUAUGCUAUCACCUUCCCCAUGAUCGCAGCCCCUGACGUUGCCGUUUGCUCCAUGAGGCGCAUCUUCCUGGGCCUGGGGAUGUGUUUCAGCUAUGCAGCUCUGCUUACCAAAACAAACCGCAUCCACCGCAUCUUCGAGCAGGGCAAGAAGGCUGUGACAGCACCGCGGUUCAUCUCCCCGGCCUCCCAGCUGGUCAUAACCUUCAGCCUGAUCUCAGUUCAGUUACUGGGUGUUUUUGUGUGGUUCACCGCCGACCCGCCGCACAUGGUGGUGGACUAUGGCGAGCAGCGCACACAGGACCCUGAGAACGCCCGUGGGGUGCUCAAGUGUGACAUCUCAGACCUCUCACUCAUCUGCUCGCUUGGAUACAGUAUUCUCUUGAUGGUCACAUGCACUGUUUACGCCAUCAAGACCAGGGGAGUGCCAGAGACCUUCAACGAGGCUAAGCCUAUUGGAUUUACUAUGUAUACU